AUGCCCAAGGUCGACGUCACCGCCUGCGCCCUGGCGUUCCGCGACGAGAUCAAGAAGGAGAUCGAGGUCCGCGUGGAGGCGGGCGGCCCACGGCCAAAGCUGGUUGGCAUCAUCGCCAACAAGGAUGAGGCGGCGGUGAUGUACGCUCGGUGGACGGAGCGGGCGUGUGCUCGCGACGGCAUCCAGUACGAGCUGCGUCAGGUGGAGCGGGUGGAUCUGGAGGACGCCGUCAUCGAGGCCAACGAGGACCCGGCCGUCAACGGCAUCAUUGUCUACUAUCCCGUCUUUGGCGGCCCGAUUGAUGACUACCUGCGCGACGUCAUCUCUGUGGAGAAGGACGUCGAGGGCCUGAACCACCGGUACCGCUACUCGCUGUACCACAACAUCCGCGUGCUCUCCGACCUGGGCAACCGGAAGGCCAUCCUCCCCUGCACACCCCUCGCCAUCCUCAAGAUCCUCAACCACCUCGGCGCCUACAAGCAGGAGCUGCCCGUUGGCGAG